AUGAAAAAUUAUGAUAGUUCAUUGUUUCCUUCAGUAAAAGUGUUAAAGUUAUUGCUUCCAAUUCCAACAGCUUCGCAGGGUUACUUUUCGCCUGUGGUUGUUAAAUAUGCAAGCAAUCAUCAGGAAAAGCUUAAGGAUCUAGUUCUACUCAAUCCUCCACUAACAGAAAAACAUGCCAACCUUCCGUCAACCUUGUCCAUCUUUAGCAACUUUUUGCUCGGUGAAAUUUUUUCCCAGGAUCCACUAAGGGCCAGUGAUAAAGCCUUGACGAGCUCCGGUCCUUAUAAAAUGAAAGAAGAUGAUGCAAUGGUUUAUAGAAGACCUUAUCUCACUUCUGGUUCUGCAGGGUUCGCAUUGAAUGCCAUUAGUCGAGUGAUGAAGAAGGAGCUAAAGAAAUAUGUGAAAGAAACCCAGACAAUACUCAUGGAUAAAAGUUGGAAAGUUCAAACAACAAUAUGCUGGGGUCAGAGAGUCCGUUGGUUGAACUACGAUGGAGUCGAAGAUUUAUGCAAGGAUUCAAAUCAUAAGCUAAUCGAACUUCCAAUGGGCAUCAUGUACAAGAAGAUUGCGGCAAAGAAAUUGGACAAAUUAUUUCUGCAGUUUUUAGCAAAAGGAGAUGAAAUAAAAAUAUUCUAUUCUAUAGGUGUUUAUGGGUAACUCAUUCUACCAAAUUUAAUUUGAAUUUCUUUGACAUUAAACUAAGUCAAGAGAUAUAUGAAUUGUA